AUACUAUAAUAUUAUAUCAUUGUUGUCUCAAAUUACUAAAAUGCAUGUUCUGAGAUAACUGCCUGUCUUUGUUCAACUAUAGGCCUACGUGGUCUAAAUUGACGUGGUAUUUGGAUAACGGAGGUUUUGUGGAAUCAACGAUAAACGGAAAUACAGGAGAGAUUUACUUGACUCGCAACAUCAGCAUCUGGCCAUCGUGGCCCUCACGGCACUACACUGAAACGGUGACCGUGAAAAACUCAGAAUCCUGCUACACAACGACCUGUCAGAUGGACGUUACCAUUUGGUAUACUAACUGGCCUCCUCACAUCAUCAGUCUACCGGCAACUGAAUCGUUACAUGAAGAUACAGAUGCUGAAACGAGGCUUCACUAUCUACAGGUCUACGACUACAAUUACGACAAUCCCAGCGACAACCCCAGGGAGGAGGACAACGCCACCUGUUGGAUACACUGCGUCUAUGACCAAUGGGGAGAAAACGACACGAAGCUAUUUAGCCUGAGGCAGGAGAAUCCGAGCUAUCUCAACAAGUGGGAUUCGUAUACACUUUGGAAGAAUGAAUGCGUCGUCCCGGGUUCGCCCUACUCACCGCCAUGUGGCUACAAGAGAGACAAUUACACUUGCCCUAAACAUAGUGGAUGUAUGACGCACAACGUCACACAGUGGUAUAACGUCUCCAUAAUCUGCGAAGAUGGUUACGGAGCGCGGGACAAUAGAAAUUUCACAUUUUAUCCCAUACGCAACGAAGCUCCCAAAUGGCGAAACUUGGGCAAUCAUCGGGAUAUAGACCUAAAGACUGGCAGCGAGCAUGACAUCAUCUUCAGCAUCAUGUACACGGACAAAGAAAACGAGAAUCUGACUUACGAAUAUACGUUCAUGAGAGUGGAUACUAAUGAACCCACGACCCUCUUCAAAGGGGACCCGAGCGGAAAUUAUUUCAAUACACUUGGGAACAUAUCUUUAACGACGUACCUCUUUGAUGUAGACAAGAACACCAGUUACUCCAUUUUUAUCUGUGGACACGAACGCAGGAAUGAGAUAUGCGAAUAUUUGACGAUCGAUAUUGAAGAGUAUUGUGAGAUAGUGCCGACCUGUUCAUCAGCUGAAAACACAGUGGAUGAAACCCUUGCCAUAGGGACAACCAUUUUUAACGUUGCCUCCCUCAUCUCUGUGUCCAACGCUCGAAUCAAGUUCACAGUGAAUGCAAACAGAAACGACUUGUUUGAAAUUGACGAGUUCGGAAAAGUGCGUACACUUGCAACCUUACCAGCACCCACCCCUCAACGACGUACUAUCUUAACGCAUUCGUUCAACUGGAUGGUGCAGCGUAUUGUAGUUCGUAUUCCAUCUGUCCGCUCAAAUUGCAUGUCAACUAUAUCAACAACGCUCUUCAAAUCACUAAUCUACCCGCCACUGUGAACAUCCGAGAAGAUGAAACACGGGCGCUAACUCUUUGGACCAUUGAAACAAGUGACGAUGAUGUCGAUGACGAAGCGAUAUGUGAAAUCACAAAUCCAGACGACA